AUUUUUUCCUCCUAUUUUAAAUUAUCAUUUUUUAAAUAGUCCCACCAGUGCCGAACAGCUGCAGAGUGGGGAUGACAUGGAGAUGAGGGGAAGGUGAUAGUGACCGCCGCGCUGUCUCGUGCCGCCUGAGAGAACUUGUCCCCUGUUUUUGGCUUGAUAAUACCUGCUUGUAUCAUACCUUAAUAGCACUUCAAGGUCACAGAGCCGCUUUGAGAUGGGUAACAAACCCUAACCUCACAGUUCCAUUCCAAAAUUGUGGGUUGACGAUUAUUUCAUUGAAGUUUGAUUACUCACAUUGUCUAUAUAUGGUAUUACCCUGAUACUUACAUCAUUGUCGUCAUCGAUAGCGUACAGUGAAUUGAUAAAGAUCAGAGAGCAAGUAUUUCUGAGACUGUGAAAAAUGUCUGAUCCUCGUCUGCGUACCCUGAAAAUAAAAACCGGUGUUGUUAAACGUUUGGCUAAAGAAAAGGUUACGUACGAGAAAGAAGCCGUUCAACAGAAGGAGAGAAUACAAAAGUAUAAGGAUCAAGGCAAGGACGGUCAUGAUAUCAGGAAACAAGAGGAAGUGCUCCAGGAAUCCCUGAUGAUGAUCCCAGACUGUCAACGUCGCCUGAUAAAAGCCCACGAAGACCUGAAAAAAAUUCUCGAAUCAGAGCAAGACCUCAAGGAAUCGGAGCCCUACCUCGACGCCGAAAAAGUCCUCGAAGAAGCUGAACAGCAACUCCCGAAGGAUUCCAAUCUCCUUUCGGCUUCUUAAUACCCCCUUUAAAAU